UCGAGCAUCAGUUGAAAGCGCAAAUUGAGGGCUAGCGAAUCAUGUCGUACGUAUCGAACACGUCCGAGUUCACGUUUGUACAAAUGCAAGUGCUGGCCAAGGCCCGAUCCGAUCCGGGCAUUCACAUCAUUCUAACGAACCCCUACGUUUCUCAGGAAGUUUCGAGUGGUGGAGAGGUCACUGUGUGCCGUCUACCACGCGGCAUAGAGAACGGGACAAUCCAAACCCACGUCCUUCGCGUUCCUGACCUGAAAUAUCUGGCCAAAUACCGCUUUCGCAAGGAUGACGGCUUGUACGGAGAUAAUACCGGAGAUUACAUGGAGCAUUAUUGGCAGACAGGAGAGAUAAGGUUCUACCAGCGUAAAGGCACUAACCUCAAACAGAAAACACUGGAAUGCGGAAGUAGCAACAUGAAGGCACCGAUGGUGCGGCAGAUGGACGUGAAGGACAAUGGAGCCAUCAUGGUGUCCUGCAAUGGAGGAACCACGGCGGAUGCAGAUUUGCCUAACUUUUGCAGGGAGUUUGUCCUCCAGAGGAUUGACCAGAAGUUUGAUUCUAUGAUGGUCAUGGAGAUCCACGUCUCUUACAAAAGUGACAGAAACAAGGUCUUCAACACGGUACUGUAUACUUUCAUCGCAGUUAGCGAUGCUGACCAGGAAAACUGCAUCCUAUGA